AUGACUGGCAGCUCGCUCCUCGAGCAGCAACGCCUCACCCUACCUCUGGCUGUGCACGCCCUCAUCGCCUCCAUCACCGGUGCACUGCUCGGCUUUGACCUGUGUAUUGCCGGCGCCAUCCUCACUCCAGUGCAGCGUGCACUCGAGCUCUGCUACCCUUGCGGAGAUGGGAGCGACACAGCGCUCGCCAGGUGUUCAUGUGUCGAGAAGCAACUUGUCAUAUCGGCUGUCUCCAUCGGCGCUUGCUUGGGAGCGCUCUUCGGAGGCCUCGUUGCUGACCGAGUGGGCCGGCGCCCGGCGCUACUCGCCUCGGACCUCCUAUUUGGUGCGGGAGGCGCAGCUAUGGCAUUCGCGACGAAAUCCGCCACGUGGCUGUUCUUUGUUGGCCGCGCCUCUGUCGGGCUGGCGCUUGGACUUGGUGGCGCAGCGGCCUCUGCCUAUCUGGCCGAGAUUGCGCCAGCGGCGUGGAGGGGCCGCUUUCUCGAGUUAAUGGAGCUGUGCGUGUGCGUUGGCUGCCUCGGCGCGUAUGCCGUCGCCUACGGACUCGGCGACAGCCGCUGGCGCGCGAGCAUUGGCCUGACCACCCCUUGCAGGCUGCAGCUGCUGCUGAUUCUGCUGCUAUUGCACGAGAGUCCGCAUUGGCUCACGGCUCACGGCUUCACGCGCUCCGCCGCGAAAGCCCGCGCCGUGCUCGGCCCGCCUACCGCGGUCGCCACCAUCGAAGUUGUCGCGGCGGGCAGCGGCGCCGAAGAGGAGUCGCCGCUGAUCUGCGCUGGCCGAAGAGGGGCCUUGCGGCAUCUCGGCGCGAGGCAGGCGGCGCGCGAGCUCUGGCUGGCACGGCGGCCGCUGGCGGUCGCGCUCGGCGUGGCGACAGCGCACGCCGCGACCGCCGCCAACACGGUUGGGCUCGCCAAGGUUGCGGGGGUGCUGGCUGCGCUGGCGCUGACCGACCGGCUUGGCCGCCGCGUCCUCUUGAUCGGCGGCACCACGUGCAUGGCGCUCUCCUUGUGCGGCCUUGCAGGGGCCUUUGCCGACGAGGCUCACCCCAGCCCCGGCCUCGCGCUGGCGUCGCUGCUCGUCUUUAUCCUCGGCUGGGACAUCUCGUGGGCGGGGCUCAUGCUGGCGGUGGUGGCGGAGGUGCUGCCGCAACGCGUGCGUGGCACCGGCACCGGCCUUGCCUACGGCCUCUAUUGGCUACUCUCCUUUGUCACAGCGCAGUUCCUCGAGAGUGCUAUCCACGCACUCGGCUCCGCGCCGACAUUUAGCGCCAUUGGCGGCAUGUGCGGCAUCGUGCUGCUGUGGACGUGGCGGUGUGUCCCUGAGACGGCAAACCGCAGCCUCGAGGAGAUGGAGGAGACGAGCCAUGCGGUGCGGAGAGAGUAG